AUGGUCCCGAUCGUGCAGAUUCCGAUUGCUUCUUCGACUGCCACAACGAAAGCGUGGAGCCCCAUUGCCCAUCAUGAACGGCGUUACCAGGGACUCGAUGCUCCGAAAGCUGCUGCGUACCGUGUCCGGCUCUGCUACCGGGAUGAAGCUUACCGCCAGCGCUCGGAGGCACGAGCCAAGUGCCUCAUUGCCGAUGCAUCGUCACCCACCAGCUCCAGCACCAGCGCUCUAAUAGCCAAGAAAGCGCUUAAAUACCGCAAGGUCUACGACCGCAUGACGGGCGUAGACGUCAACGACCCUAACUUUGACGUGUUCGAGUUCCUGGGCGUCGAUUGGUGCAAGAACCCAUCGAUGGAGUCCUCGGGUCGCGUCUGA